AAAAAAGAAACUGCGUUCAUUGUGGCUCCAGUGUUCUGAGGCUAGUCCGCGCAACAUCUUAAGAAUCCCUGAGCCAACAUGGCCGCUGGACAUAUCCAGUUUCCCUCAACGUUUUCCACGAAAACAACUUAAAAAAGUAGGAGUGUGGCGUCACAUGACCGCUGAAGGCAGUUCCAAUAUGGUGGCCAGCCUGGCGGAGCUGCGUCUCCCGGUGAUCGUUUCGUUGCUGUGCGGCUUCGGAGCCUGCAGUGUCCGUGAAGCGCGGGUGUUCGGGCUGCGGCUGGAGGACGGCGGCCAGCAAGUGUUCAUGAACCAGAGGAUCAUCGUGGCUCCGCGAAACACUGUUUUCAGGAUCAGAUUGUUCGGAUCAUACCUGUCCAACGACAGCUGGCCGUGGGUCGCAUUCGCCGCGGCAGAAGCAGGUUCGAUUGACCCGUGCGGGCUGGAGGAGAACCGCAAAAACACAGCGUUUCAGGUAAACGGAGGAUUCGUAUCCGACGAGGAGAACAGCGGGUUCCUGGAGGUCCAGACCGAAGCUGAGAAGAAAGAUGCAGUUUUCCAUCAUCUGUGCGUCUUAAAGGGACAGUCCUGGGAGUCUGUGGGCUCGGAUCGGCUGCUCGUGAAGGACCCGGAUGUAGCGUCGGAUUACAUACCGCGGUGGGGUUUGGUACUAGUGGUCGCGCUUUUAGUGCUAAUCUGCGCUGUGGUCAGGUGUUUAAAUCUCAGUCUACUAUGGCUGGACCCGCUGGAGCUUUACGUUCUUCACAGCUGCGGUUCUGAGGAUGAAAAGCACUCAGCUAAGCGACUCAAGCCCAUUCGCAGACGAGGAAACGUUUUGGUUUGUUCGCUGUUGUUCCUUUGCGCGCUAGGUCAGUCAGUGCUCGGUGUGUUUCUGUACCGUCUGUAUGAGUCCGUCCUUCCUGCGGUGUUCACCAGCGCGUUCCUUCUAUUCCUGCUAGCUGAGCUUCUCCCGUAUGUUAUAUGUUCGGGUUAUGGGUUCGAGAUGGCGCCGGGUUUAAUAUGGCUGGCUCAGAUAUGCCUGAUCAUAACGUGUCCACUGUCCUGUCCUCUCGGCAUCCUGCUGGAUCUUAUCCUCCGACGGGACGUCAGCACUUGUGGCAUUCGCGAAAAAACAAUGGAGAUGAUUCGAACUAGCGUAAACGACCCGUAUAAUGAGUUCGUGAAGGUGGAGUUCAGUAAAGGCGCUCUCAGGACUAAAACGGUGGAGGAUAUCCUGACGCCGCUGAAGGACUGCUUCAUGCUGCCGUCCACCGCCGUUCUGGAUUUUAGCACCAUGUCGGAGAUCAUGCAGAGCGGAUACACGCGCGUACCCGUCUACGAGGAGGAGAAAUCCAACAUCGUGGAGAUCCUGUAUGUGAAGGACCUGGCGCUGGUGGACCCAGAGGACCGCACGCCCAUGACCACCAUCACCAAGUUCUACAAUCACCCGCUGCACUUCGUCUUUAACGACACUAAACUGGAUGCCAUGCUGGAGGAGUUCAAGAAAGGUAACUCUCACCUGGCCAUCGUGCAGAAGGUGAAUAACGAGGGUGAAGGAGAUCCGUUCUAUGAGGUUCUGGGUUUGGUGACGCUGGAGGACGUGAUCGAGGAGAUCAUCAAGUCGGAGAUCCUGGACGAGUCUGACGGAUACAUGGAGAUGAAGGUGAAGCGUCCGCCGCCGCUGGAGAUCUCUCUUGAGCAGCGCAGUGUUCAUGAUGACUUCUCCAUCUUCAGGCCUCCAGAUGGAGACAGCAAGAUCCGCACGUCUCCACAGCUGCUGCUCGCCACACACCGCUUCCUCUCCAGAGAGGUGGAGCACUUCAAUCCUCAGCGCGUUUCUGAGCGAGUGUUGUUUCACCUGCUGCGGCACCCCAGUGUCAACCAGGAGGUCAAGUUUGACCCCGCAAACAGACUGAGCGCAGAGCACUACCUGUACACCAGAAACCACCCGGUGGACUACUUCAUACUGCUGCUGCAGGGUCGUGUGGAGGUGGAGAUCGGGAAAGAAGGCCUGAAGUUUGAGAACGGUGCCUUCACAUAUUAUGGCGUUUCAGCGCUCACAGCUCCAUCCUCAGUCCAUCAGUCUCCAGUGUCCACACAACGUCAGUCGCCCAGAGACCCGUUUGAGCUCGGAGACGCCAGCAGCCCAUCCAGCUACUGUCCAGACUACACUGUACGAGCCCUGACCGACCUGCAGCUUAUAAAGGUGACGCGUCUGCAGUAUCUGAACGCUGUGAUGGCGUCGCGUGUUUCUCAGAGCCCAGAACCGCCGGAGAUCAAGAUUCUGCACGAAACAGCUCAAACUAAACUGUCUUGA